CAGCUUCCUCUGCUAGUUCGCACCCUAGGACUUCUUAGCCCCUGGAAUGCGAGAGAGGCUCAGGGAGUUCCCGGAGUGGGGCGUAGAGGGAACCACUGGUGGGGACCUUUCUAGGGGCCUACCCCUCGUGGGGUGCUAUGGAGUUUCCAGAACACAGCCAGCAGCUGCUGCAGAGCCUCCGAGAGCAGCGGUCCCAGGGUUUUCUUUGCGACUGCACCGUGAUGGUGGGUAGCACCCAAUUCCUGGCCCAUCGGGCUGUGCUCGCCUCCUGCAGCCCGUUCUUCCAGCUUUUCUACAAAGAGCGGGAACUGGACAAGAGGGACCUGGUGUGUAUCCACAACGAGAUUGUCACGGCCCCAGCCUUUGGGCUGCUUCUGGACUUCAUGUACGCUGGCCAGCUGGUCCUGAGGGGGGACACCCCCGUGGAAGAUGUGCUGGCAGCUGCCAGUUACUUGCACAUGAAUGACAUCGUCAAGGUGUGUAAGCGGCGUCUGCAAGCCCGGGGCCUGGCAGAGGCAGACAGCACCAAGAAGGAGGAGGAAACCAGCUCACAGCCCCUUAGUUUGGAGUUUUUGUCCAAUUCUUCCCGCGGCCCUCAGCCCUCCUUGGCAUCUGCUGAGCUGUCAGGCCAUUGGGGCAAAGGGGAGUGGAAAGGCCCCGCUGCUCCCUCACCCACUGUCUGUCCUCCAGACGAGCCGCCGAUGCCCAGCGGGGCCGACACGACGCAGCCUGGCGUGGAGGUUGACUCGCUGCAUCUACGGGCCCCCCCUCCACCGGUGACGGAUGUCUCCCUCGCCAGCCCGAGCAGCUCCACAGAGACCAUUCCUGCAAACUUCUACUCUUCAGGCCUUCCCCCAGUUCCAGUGGAGCCACUGGCUCCCCUCGACGUGGGUUCUGAGAGCCUGAGGGUGGUGGAGCCGCGGGGUACUGGAGGACCAUUGCAAGGCUUCUACAGCCCCUCUUCGGCUGCAGCCCCAGCCCCAGCCCCAGCCCCAGCCCCAGCCCCAUCCCAGGCUCCUCCCCCAGCAGAAGCUGAGCUGGUCCAGGUGAAAGUAGAAGCAAUUGUGAUUUCUGAUGAGGAGCCCGAUGUGUCCGAGAACCAGCCUCAGGGGUUGUUCCCACCUGGAGAGGCCAUGUAUGGUGCUCAGCCUCCCCAGCCAGAGGCUUUUGAGGAGCCGAGGGCAGCAGGACUGGAGGAGGUGGGGCCAAGUGACCAGUUUCUGCCCUCCGAGUCUCACCUACCCUACCAUUUGCUGCCAGGCCCAGGGCAGUAUCACCGAGGGCUGGUGACCUCGCCCCUGCCGGCACCCCCCGCCCUGCAUGAGCCACUUUACCUGCCUUCUGAGUACGAAGCGGCCCCAGGAAGCUUUGGUGUUUUUACUGAGGAUGUUCCCACUUGCAAGACGUGUGGGAAGACCUUCUCAUGCUCUUACACGCUACGGCGCCACGCCACAGUGCACACACGUGAGCGACCCUAUGAGUGCCGCUACUGCCUGCGCAGCUACACGCAGUCGGGCGACCUGUACCGCCACAUCCGCAAGGCUCACAAUGAGGACCUGGCCAAACGCAGCAAACCGGAUCCAGAGGCCAGCCCCCUCCUAGGAGUGCAGCCCCUCCCUGGCUCCCCCACAGCAGACAGACAGAACUCUGGUGGAGGGCCACCCAAAGAUUUUGUACUUGGCCCCAAAAACUAACAUCUGGGGGAGCAGGAGCUGAUGCUCGGCCUGCUCUUGGGACACCGAAGGUUGGCAGCAUCUCAUGUCCCCUGCUGGGUGGCAGAAUGGGUGCCGCCCAGACUGACGGGCCCUCCCACCCUUUGCUUUCCCCAGUCGGUUCCUCUCCAAGGGCACCGGGAAUUUUCCUGGUGUAAUCACUUCUCACUCUGCGUUCUGGACCAUAAAGCGAGCAGUGAAAGUAUCUUA